UUCCGGACGAGGUUCCACCGCUCACAAAAUUCAAAGGCAACAGGGGCAGCUCCGCCUCCUUGUGUGAGGGGAAGCGUCCUCCCAGCGCCAGAAACCAAACCCCAAGGCCACGACGGGGCUGACCCCGUCCCCUACUCUCAAUCCAUACCGCUACCCCACCCAGAGAGAGCAAGCGCCCUAGCGCGAGGCGGGCCAUUCCUGCCUCUCUCCGCCAGCGCGCUACUCCUGCGCCCCUCCCCUCGCGCGCCGGCGGCGAGUUCCCGCCUCCCGCUGUAGCGCCGCGCGCGCACCUGCCCAGCGCGAGCUGAGAAGGCGAGUCCCCGCGAAGGCGGGACGACGAGGGCAGGCUGGCAGCAGGUGGCCACGCGAGGCUGCCCAGUCCCCGCUGAACUAGCGGAGCAUGUGAGCCCUUCCCUCGCAAGACCGGCUCGGAGUGGAGUGACCGCGCGUGCUGCGCUUCCCUCCGCCAUGGGCCUCCCUUUGCUGCUGGGGCUGCUGCUGCUCUCCCGGACCGGAGGCCUCCUUGUUCUCUCUCUUGAUCAGCCGCACACCUGUAUAACAGCAGAGACCCUUUGCUUGGCUGAGCCUGCCUGCAGCGCCGCUUAUCAGACCUUGCAAAACUGUUCCCAGUCUUUUUCCAAGAGCAGUUUCCUCCCUGACCAAGAAACCAGGAACAGAUGCUUCGCGGCAGGAACAUUUGUAAGAAACAGUUAUUUUCAGGAAUGCAAGUGUCACCGGCGCACACGAAAGUUGGAGCAGCUGUGCCUGCGCAUCUACUGGACUCUUCAUUUUGAUGACUUUCAUUUAGAGGUGUCACCCUAUGAAGAUGCAGACAAUGAAGACUCUUCAAAGACCAAUUACAACAAACUGUCAACUAGGAUUUCAGCUAUGGAUAGGACAAAUCCCUGCCUGCAUGCCACAAACGUUUGCCACUUGAACCACAAGUGCAUGCGUCUGCGCUCACUCUAUGCCCAGACCUGCAGCACAGAGACCACCUGUGAUCGGCGCAGAUGCCACCGACACCUGAGACACUUCUUUGAGAGGAUCAGCGCGGAUUUCACCAAGAGCCUCCUCUUCUGCCCUUGUCAAGACGAGGUCUGUGGUGAGCGGCGCUGGAAUACCAUUGUCCCGGAGUGCUCUUUCCAGAGCAGCAGCAGCAGCAGCAAGCCAAACUGCCUUGUCCUGUUGGACUCCUGUCUGAAGGACAAUAUCUGCAAAUCCCGGCUGGCAGACUUCCAAGAGCAAUGCAAGCCUUCAGGCACAUCUUCAGAUGGCUGCUCUCCGCACAACCAUGCUGCAUGCCUGGAGGCUUACAUGGGGAUGGUUGGUACACCUAUGACCCCCAAUUAUGCCAGCAAUUCCAGUACUGAGGUCACACUGUGGUGCUCCUGCAAGGACAGUGGCAAUCAGAAGGAGGAUUGUGAGCAAGUCCUCAGCUCCUUUGCCAGCAACAGAUGCCUCAGAAGUGCAAUCCAGUCUCAGAUGAUCUUAAACCAGAGGAAUAUGGAGGUUCAGGAGCAGCUGCAGUUCACACCUUCCCUGAAUUUCCAGGGAGAUGCCACCAGCACAGAUGGCACAGUUUUCACUUCGGAAAUGCGUUGGGAAGCUGAGAAAAGUAAGAUGCAGCCAGAGGUCCUCAUGCAAGACGGAAGAUCAUUUCCUAACUCUGUCUACUCUGGAGCUCAUCUUUCUUCCCUCACUUUGACCUUCACGCUGCUCCUUCUGUUACUUGGUCCGCCAUAACUUCAUCUGACAUUGCUCCUGACUUGUAUUUCCAUGAGAAGGGAAACUGGACAUUGUUUCAUGCCAAAGAGGAAGCACUGACCACCGCGAGCCUCUUCCCAGUGCUCACCCCCUUCUGCCUAGAACUCUGCCACUUUCACUCGCUGUUCUAUGCAAUGUUGGCCUGCCUGUGAAAGGAGCAGGGGUGCUGGUUCUCUUUCCAGUGCCCACAAGGAAAAGAAAGCAGGCAGCUUGGAGAUUCUAGGGACCUAUUGCCUUCCAAUAUUUUUUAUUUUAAGAGGAAGGCACCCAUUGCCUCUAGACUAGCAAAUGAAAUGCUAUUUCUGGCUUCAGGCUUCUGCCCCCAAAUCUGGAUUCUCAACUUUUUGGUGGUGUUCAGGGCCAUGUGUGUACGCAUGUCCAUUUCUUUAGACAUACAAAACAAAACUUGACAGUGAUGCUAAAUUGUAUCCUCUGCACUUAACCCUUUCUGCCCCUUUGUUGUGACUCAUGAGACAUUUAACACCUCAGAGCUAGGCUGGGCUUCUGUAUUCAUCUCAGUAACUUUCCUGUCUGGUAUUAUAUGAGCCUUCUAGGCUUUCAUAGGAAUUUGCAUGCAGGCUUACUAAGAUUUUACCCACCAGAGUUUCCUCGGAGCAAUGAAGUCUCUCCCCUGAGCUGCAGAGCAAAUAUUUUUUUCCAUAUGUGGCUACCAAGCAUCCCUCCACAUGUGUUUCUCUACAUUCUGUAGCACCAGACAUUUAUCCAUAAUGUAAUAAUUCCAGAUGUAAAGAUUUGUGUGGUGUGAACUGCUGUUCAUUUGUGCUGCAGUGGAAUGUUGUCCAUUUCUAGGCACACAUUAAUAAUUCACACCCCCAUUGUGUCCCCACUUCCUUGUUGGCUGGCUUAAAUUUUUGGAAGAGGUAGCAAGCUAACUGCUGCAACCUCCCUGUGUUGCUGUUUGGUGGCUGUGAAAGAUGCAGUCAGUAUUGCGUCUUGUUUCUCUCCUACUCCCCAAGAAAAAUAGACAAUGUUGUGGUUGCCAAAGUUUCCUGCCCUAUAUUUGGGAGUGGGUGGGGAACAAGGGCACAAUCCAUCUUCCUGUGAAUGUUCUACCACAUCAACCAGUGACGACAAUGCCUCUGUGAAUUUCAUGUUUUUCUCAUCCAGGUAUGAGUUACUUAUUUGUGCCCAGUGAAGGGCUCCCUGUACUGCCCACCAGCAUAGGCUCUGUUUCUAUGUACAUUUA